CUGUCACAUUGUUUCAAGAUGGGGAAGAUUAUCGAAAGCGAGAUGGAUGUCCCAAGCAUUGCUAUGCGGUUCGCUCUUGGCUUCUUUGUUCUCACGUCCAUGAAGGCUGCUCGCCAGACUGUUGCGAUAUACAAGAGAACGCAGCGAGUGUGGAACCCUUACUCAUGGAUGGUCUGGGUGGAGUUAAUCAACAAUCUUGUCAUGACCAUCUACACGUGGUGUUACCUUCGUGGCAAUAUUCGGCCGUCAUUUGGCUUCUUUUUUGGUCUGAUUUGCAUGUGGGUGUUGCAGACGCAACUCAUUCUCCAAAUCAUAGCCAACCGGGUUGGUCUUGUCAUGGUAGACAAACAAAAAGCAAUGAGGCUGAAGUGGCUACUGUUUGUUUUGAUUGGCAUGGUCAAUGUCUCUGUGUUCUGUAUCUGGAUCCCCGCGCGAAUGAAAGUCAAUGAAACCUAUAUUCAUAUCAACAAUGUCUGGGAUCGCGCAGAGAAGGUCAUUUUCCUCUUUAUCGAUUUGGCGCUCAAUGGAUACUUCCUUUUCCUGGUUCGGUCAAAGUUGAUCGCGAGGGGCUUGACCAAGUAUAAGCCUCUUUUCACAUUCAACGCUGUCAUCGUUGUGGCGUCGCUAGCUAUGGACGUUCUCAUUGUGGGAAUGAUGUCUCUACCUAACACGUUCGUCUACGUCCAAUUCCACCCUCUCGCCUACCUCGUCAAGCUCAACAUCGAACUCUCCAUGGCAGACCUCAUCUCCAAGGUCGUCCGAGGCUCUGAUCGCACUGAUGCUUUCCACUCGGACAGCCGUAGUGGCGGCACGACCGAGCUUACUUCGCAUGGGAUAUCCAAGCAUAGAUCUGAACAUCCGCUUGGAAACCCAACCACCCAACACGUGUUUGCUAGCAAGGCUGAACCACGCGAUAAUGACUCCAUCAGUUUGGAAGAACAGAAUGGCAUUAUCAAGACUGUCGCGACGACUAUAGUGCUUGAAUCGGAUGGACGGCACGAUAGGGAUGUGGAUAAAGACGACGGGAGGAGUACUUCUAGCAGCACUGCGGAGCUCCAUCACUAUGGUCGGUAG